GCCUUCGCUUCCAGCCUGGCUCUCCGCAGAGGCCAUCCAGGUCCCCUGGGGGCAGACUGGCCUUCAGCGCUGAUGGACAGGCAGUGGACACCGGGUUUCCACUUUCUCCCCUUCUCGGGUUUCAGGAACUGUUGGCGAGAGGAAGUGGAGGGGCUGUGGGAUGCGAGAGCCGAGGGCUGACUCCCGGACAGCGGAACCCUGAGAGCUGCCGACAGGCACGCGCCGGAGCAGCGCCCCCAGCAUGAGCAGCGCGGCCCCUGCGAAGAAGCCCUACCGCAAGGCUCCGCCCGAGCACCGGGAGUUACGGCCGGAAGUUCUUGGGGCCCGGCUCGAGCAAGAGGAGUCCCUGACCGACGCGGAGAGGAUGAGGCUCUUGCAGCAGGAGAACGAGGAGCUCCGCCGGCGCCUGGCCUCCGCCACCAGGCGCACCGAGGCCCUGGAGCGCGAGCUGGAGAUCGGGCAGGACUGCCUGCAGCUGGAGCUGGGCCAGAGCCGAGAGGAGCUGGACAAGUUCAAGGACAAGUUCCGCAGGCUGCAGAACAGCUACACGGCUUCGCAGCGCACCAACCAGGAGCUCGAGGACAAGCUGCACACGCUGAUCAAGAAGGCGGAGAUGGACCGGAAGACACUGGACUGGGAGAUUGUGGAGCUGACGAACAAGCUGCUGGACGCCAGGAACACCAUCAACAAACUGGAGGAGCUCAAUGAGCGGUACCGGCUGGACUGCAACCUGGCCGUGCAGCUGCUCAAGUGCAACAAGUCCCACUUCCGGAACCACAAGUUCGCCGAUCUGCCCUGCGAGCUGCAGGACAUGGUCCGGAAGCAUCUGCACACGGGCCAGGAGGCGGCCAGCCCGGGCCCCGCCAGCAGCCCGGCCCCGGGGGCCGUGGUGCCCACGUCGGUCAUUGCCCGGGUGCUGGAGAAGCCCGAGUCGCUGCUGCUCAACUCGGCCCAGUCGGGCAGCGCGGGGCAGCCCUUGGCCGAGGACGUCUUUGUGCACGUGGACAUGAGCGGGGGCGCCCCGGGGGACCCAGCCUCGCCCCCCGCCCCCGGCAGCCCCGCCCCCCAGCCCAAUGGGGAGUGCCGGUCCCUGGGCCCCGCCGCGGGGUCCUCGGAGGAGGAGCUGCCCGUGCCCGCCUGUGAGAAGCUGAGCCCCUACCCGACCCCGACCCCGCCGCACCCGCUGUACCCCGGCCGCAAGGUGAUCGAGUUCUCCGAGGAGAAGGUGCGCGUCCCCCGCAACAGCCCGCUGCCCAACUGCACUUACGCCACGCGCCAGGCCAUCUCCCUGAGCCUGGUGGGCGACGGCGCGGAGCAGGCCCGGCCCGGCCCGGGGCCCAGCAGCGGCCCCGCCUCGGCCCAGUCCUCGCCCCACCACCAGCCCAGCCCCGGCCCUGCCGCGCUCAGCGCGCCGGCCAGCUCGGCCAGCUCCGAGGAGGACCUGCUGGCCAGCUGGCAGCGCGCCUUUGUGGACCGCGCCCCGCCGCCGGCCGCCCUGGCCCAGCGCACCGCCUUCGGCCGGGACGCGCUUCCCGAGCUGCAGCGCCACUUCGCCCUCGGCCCUGCCGCCGGGGACGAGGGGGUGGACGCGGGGGUGGACGCGGCUCCCCCGCCCCCCGGGACGGGGCUUUCGCCGCGGACACAGACCCCGGCCCCCGGCCUCCCCGGGGAGGACGACGCGGAGGAGCUGAACCUGCCCGUGAGCCCCGAGGAGGAGCGCCAGAGCCUGCUGGCCAGUGACGGGCGCGGGGACGCUGACCAGGGCCCGGGUGCCGCCCCUGCUGACACCCCGGCCUGGCUGCGCCCCGGCUCCAGCCGCCGCCCGCGCAGCCCCAAAAGGAUGGGCGUGCACCACCUGCACCGCAAGGACAGCCUGACCCAGGCCCAGGAGCAGGGCAACCUGCUCAACUAGUGCUCGCGGCCGCGU